AUGUCUCAGACUCCCUCCCGGAUCCCCGCUACACAUUCCCUGUCUACCCUGCCAUUCCAUUUGACCGUGAAACAGCUACUUGACCUGUACCGUGCGGAACGUGCCGUCACCGAAACGCGCAGUGACUCCCCCGGAGAGGGAGAGCUUCUGGAAUCUAGUAGCAGUAGCGCUGCACCUACUGCAGUGUUAGCCGAGCCUCAAGAUCUGCCUAGCACGCAAGAGGUUAACCAGGCCGCGUUGUUUACUUUUCUCGCGUUGAUGACGAGGGCGGACGAGUUACUGAAGAAGCAUAAGAGGCUGGAGAGCGAGAAUGAAAGGCUGACGGGGGAGAACAUGAUGCUGCAGGUCGAGAACGAAAUGAUCACAGCGGAUAACGGAAUUUUGCAGGUCGUAAAUGACAGGCUGAGAGAAGACAACGAAACAGUCCAUGAGGGGAACAGGAAAUUGUAA